AUGCAGCAUCCAAACAAUCAAUCAACUCUAGAACCCAUCCCAGCAUCUGCAAUAUCUGAGCAGACUCCUCAGGAUCGCGCCAACGACCAGGGAAAGCAUCACGCCAACGGCCAGGGAAAAAAUGCAGCGCCUGUCUCGCCAGCCGCCUCCGUCACCAUUCCCUCCGAGGCCAAUCAGCACAACGCCGGACUACACACCACCGAACACGCCUCCCAGGCGCAGGUGAGCUCGCGCCCCUUCUUCACUCCUCUCGGCUCGACCAUCACUAAUCUGCCCCCCCAGAUAACCUCCACCCCAUGGGCGCACUGCCGUGGCUCCAAGCGCAGGAGUCCCCAUCAGGCGGCGACCCUCGCUCGCCCUCCCAGGCAAUGGCCUAUCACAGUAUGGUCAUCAAGAAAUACAUCACAGACCCCACCUCCACGCGUCUCGGCUCCUGACAAUGACGCCGGCUCAGCCACAGGUCCCUCGCCUCAGGCCUGA